AUGCCUAAUCAUCUCAUGUCUUUUUGCACUCUCCUGUUCUGCUGUUUCAUCUCUAGCAUCAUUUCUACAAACCAUGCGUGCAACAAUUUGGAUCAUGACUCUCUUCGGUCCUCUUUCGAUCUGCCUUCUCUAAAUUGGUCUUCUAGUGAUUGUUGCCACUGGGAGGGGAUCAGUUGUGAUGAGAAUGGUAGAGUCACAAGUUUAUUGUUGCCCUCCAAAGGUCUCCAAGGUGUGAUUUCACCUUCACUUGGAAACCUCACACAACUCUCCCACCUCAAUCUCUCCCACAAUCAACUCUCUGGUCCUUUAGGAUCCGGUCUAUUUUCAUCCUUGAGUCAUCUCCAGAUUCUUGAUUUGAGCUAUAACCAUCUUUCGGGAGUGUUGCCGUUGUCAAUACCAUUUGUUUCUAUUCGAGUGGUUGACUUGUCCAGCAAUCUAUUCAAUGGAACAAUUCCAUCUUCCUUCCUACAGCAUGCCCCGAAUUUGAGUAGUCUGAAUGUCAGUGACAAUCUUAUUACUGGCAAAAUUCCAUCCUCUAUUUGUCUCUCUUCUUCUUUGGUCAAAAUCUUGGAUUUCUCCAAAAAUGAAUUUAGUGGUAUGAUGCCUAUUGGAUUAGGGAAUUGUUCGAAAUUGGAGGUCUUUCGCGCAGGGUUUAAUAAUCUCUCAGGGACUCUUCCUAGUGAUUUUUAUGAUGCUCUCACCCUUCAAGAAAUAUCAUUGCCUUCAAAUAAGCUUUCUGGAUCCAUUAGUGAUAAUAUUGUCAAUCUUAGUAACCUCACAAUCUUGGAGAUCUACUUCAACCAGCUGAGUGGAACACUUCCCUCCCAUAUUGGGAAACUCUCCAAAUUGAAACUCAUGCUCCUUCAUUUCAACAACCUUCAAGGUUUUCUACCCCCAUCUUUGAUGAGCUGUACAAAUCUUGUGGAACUGAAUCUUGGAUUUAAUCACUUGGAAGGAAACAUCUCCCUUCUUGAUUUCUCCAUACUUGGUCAACUUGCUAAACUUGAUUUUGUGAGCAAUCACUUCACUGGUGUCAUACCAAGAAGCCUUUACUCAUGCAAGUCACUGGGAGCGCUUCGACUGAGCUUAAACGAUCUAGAGGGACAAAUACAACCUGAGAUUCUUUCACUUGAGUCCUUGUCCUUCCUCUCUCUUUCACGGAACAGACUGACCAAUGUCACAGGGGCAUUGAAGACACUGAUGGGUUUCAAAAAUAUCGGAGUAGUCAUUCUUUCAGGGAAUUUCAUAGGUGAAGAAUUGCCUGGUGGUGAUGACAAUAAUGGUUCAAUGUUUAAGAAUCUCCGACUUUUUGGUAUAGCUGACUGCCAACUUACAGGUCAAAUACCUAGAUGGUUGUCCAACCUCAAGAAACUAGAAGCUCUCGAUCUAUCUUCGAAUAGACUCACUGGAUCAAUACCUGCUUGGUUAGGAGAUCUUCCUAAUCUCUUCUUCAUAAGCUUGAAUAAUAACUCAUUUUCCGGUGAACUUCCAAAGGAACUUUCCAGACUACAAGCAUUGCAAUCCCAAAAGGAAGCAUCGCAGGGCCAUGGCUUUUUUGAAUUGCCAGUCUACACUCGACGCACAAAUGCAUCCGUUACUGACUUGCAGUACAACUAUAUUUCCAACUUGCCUCGAGCAAUUUACCUCAGGAACAACAGUCUGAGUGGCAACAUACCAUCUGAAAUUGGUCAUUUGCAACUUCUUCAUGAGUUUGAUCUUAGCGUCAACAACUUCGUUGGAGAGAUUCCAAACGAAAUGUCUAACCUCACAAACUUGGAGAGAUUAGACCUCUCAAGAAAUCACUUGUCUGGCGGAAUCCCAGCUUCACUAACAAAUCUUCAUUUCUUGGCUUCAUUUAGUGUUGCAUACAAUAAUCUCCAAGGACAAAUACCAUCAGGCACUCAACUCCAAGGCUUUAGCACCACUGCCUAUGAGGGAAAUCCCGGACUUUGUGGUGCCCCGCUUCCAAAUCAUUGUCAACCAACAAAUGGAAAUCCUAUUACUACAAACACUGAAGAUGGACUUGACAAUGGGAAUGAAAUUGAGUGGCUUCAUUUUUUUGAGGCACUUGGUUUCAUGAUAGGAUUUGGAGGAAUUUGUGGCCCUUUAGCCUUCAGCAGCUCAAGGAGGUUUGCAUAUUUCCAAUUUCUGUCCAGUGCUAUAUCUCGCUAG